GCAGCCCGUACAGUACUGAAUCCGAGCUGUCAGUUUGUUACGGGUUUCAUUCAUUGUUUCUGGUUUCUCCUAAAACGGAUUUCGGGAUUUUCUUUCCAUCAUGUUUGAAGAGGCGAGCGAGGUGUUUGAUAACAUGCUGAAAUCGUCCUUUCCGCUGACGAUUAUCGUGUUUUUGCCCGCAGUGUUGAUCCUGGUGUCUCCGCUCCCAGCUGAAGCGGCGCAUGAGUUCACCGUGUACCGCAUGCAGCAGUAUGACCUACAGGGACAGAACUACGGAUCGAGAAAUGCGAUUUUGAACACUGAAGCACGUACGGUGGAGGCGGAGGUGCUAAGCCGCCGUUGUGUGAUGAUGCGACUGGCUGAUUUCUCCUACGAGAAAUACCAGAAGGCUCUCCGGCAGUCUGCCGGGGCCGUUGUCAUCAUCCUCCCCAAGAAUAUGUCCACAAUGCCCCAAGACAUUGUGCAACAGUUCAUGGAGCUGGAGCCGGAACUGAUGGCCACAGAGACCAUUGUUCCUGUUUACUUUGCACUGGAAGAUGAUGAGCUGCUGUCUAUUUACACCCAGACCCAGAUCUCCUCUGCCUCACAGGGCUCCUCCUCUGCAGCUGAAGUGCUGCUGCACUCAGCCACUGCAAACGGAUUCCAGAUGGUGACGAGUGGAGCUCAGAGUAAAGCUGUGAGUGACUGGGCCAUCACCAGCCUUGAGGGUAAGUUAGCAGGAGCAGGAGGAGAAGAUCUGCCCACCAUCGUCCUUGUGGCUCACUACGACUCUUUUGGAGUGGCUCCGUGGUUGUCGUACGGAGCUGACUCCAAUGGAAGUGGUGUGGCUGUGCUCCUGGAGCUGGCGCGACUCUUCUCCAGACUCUACUCUCACAAACGGACUCACGCUGGGUAUAAUCUGCUAUUUUUCUUGUCUGGGGGUGGGAAGUUUAACUAUCAGGGCACUAAACGGUGGUUAGAGGAUAAUUUGGACCACACAGAGUCCAGUCUCCUACAGGAUAACGUGGCAUUUGUCUUGUGUUUGGACACAUUGGGGAAUGGGGACAGUCUUUACCUGCAUGUGUCUAAGCCUCCUAAAGAAGGCACACCUCAGUACGCUCUGCUCCGAGAGCUGCAAAUGGUUGUAUCUCAGCAGUACCCGGAGCUGAAGUUCUCCAUGGUGCAUAAGAAGAUCAACCUGGCUGACGACACCCUGGCAUGGGAGCAUGAGCGCUUCGGGAUCCGCCGCCUUCCUGCCUUCACGCUCUCGCACCUGGAGAGCCACCGCAGUUCCAUGCGCAACUCCAUCAUGGAUAUGCGGUCUCACGUGGAUCUGAAAAAGCUCAGUAGGAACACUAAACUAAUCGCAGAGGCUCUGGCGCGAGUCGUUUACAACCUGACUGAGAAGGGCACUAAUGGAGAUCUGGAGAUCUUCACAGAGCAGAUGCAGGUGCAGGAGGAUCAGCUGCUCUCUCUGGUCGACUGGUUGAGCGCUCAGCCUCGAGCAGCCCAGUUGGUGGAUAAAGACAGCAGUGUGGUCAGCACCCUGGAGUAUUACCUCGGCCGCUACCUCAAAGACGUCAAGAGGCAUUUUGUCAAAGCUGACAAGAGGGAUCCUGAGUUUGUCUUCUAUGAUCAGCUGAAACAGACAAUGAAUGCAUACAGAGUAAAACCAGCUAUCUUUGACUUGCUGUUGGCGCUGUGCAUUGCUGCAUAUCUCGGCAUCGUGUACUUGGCUGUCCAGCAUUUUGGGGUUUUGUACAGUGUUCUUCGUCGGCUCACAGCUCCCCGAGUCAAGCAGCAUUAACACUGCUCCAGCUCUCUUCAUCCCUGCAAUAUUAGGGACUCUUGCAGUCCUACCAUGGAGCCAAGAGUGCGUUCACGGUUUCUUUUUCUCUGACUUUUUUAAAAUGGAACUUUUUUUUUUGGUCAUGUGUGUGCACGUUUGCCUGCUUGUCCUCCUCAGUCCAAGGACAGCUUUUUUUUUUUAAAAACAGUCUUCCUGUCUGUCCAGCACUGCCUCACUCCCCUCUGCCUCAGUCUGAAGCUAGUGAGAUCUCUGCCAAGCAACAGUGAGAUGUCUUCUCAGGCAGCUAAAGUUAAAAUGGGCCAAAUCACAGCUUUGUGGUCGCUCGAUGGAGAAAGUUGGUUCAUUUGGAAACUGUUCAGAUGUGAAGGCUGAUUUUUAGUCCAGAAUUUCUUUUGAUAGAUGAAUAGAUGUGUUCAUCCUCACACGCCCUGGUUUUGCCGAGUGAUCAGUUCCACCCUUAUUGACCAAGGGACACUGAGGUUAGAUUUGAUCAGGGGAAAACACAAACUCGGGUCUGUCAUCACCACUUAGUUUUCAUUUCACUUAUUUGCUUUAAAUUGGUGCUAACCCUGAACUCACACCGGCAGCAAUGUGACACGCUUAAGCGAACAGACGUCAUUCAUUUUCAACGAGAAUUCCUGAUUUCCAGUUAAAAUCAAAAUAACCAUUAAAGAUGUGAAGUGGGCAGGACAGACGAUAUGGCAAAGUUGAGCAAAGGUUCAUUUUAUGCAAGUGAGAAGUGAAGCAACGUGACAACUACCAACAGGAGCAAGGGAGGGUUGUUUUUCCUUUAUCGCCACAACUGUGAAACAUUUUCCGUGUUUUUGUUUCCACAUUUGUUCCACCUCACAGCUCCUGAGACUCAUUCUGCUGCUACAUGUUUAAAGUCUUCAUUAAAUCAAGCUCUUAAACAUUUUACAAAAAUGUAAAAUGGCUGUCAUGAAUUGAUAAAGGUAAAAUGUUUUAGGAUUUUUUUGUUUUUGUUCCCCCCCCACUAGUAGACAGUACAACACUUAAUAACGAGAAGUAUUUUUAAUCAGAAAAAUAACUGGGUUUUUUGGUGAAAUGGGUGGUUUUCUAGAUGGGUUUUCGAGGGGAAUUCCAUUAACCUGUUGGCAACCAUGAGUAAAAUAAAGUGUAAAUAAGACAUGCCCUCGAGCAACGAAUGUGCAAAAAAAGACUUUUUAAGGUACACUAUAUAAAUAGCUUGGCAACUUUAGUUUAAGCUAAUAAGUGCUCCAAGGUAAUGAUUUGUAAACAUCUCAUGUGGUUGGAUUUAACCUAGGCUCUGCCCUUGUUAACUUGGGGAAAUCUGUCACUCAGCAAAAUCUUCCAUCAAUCCUCUAGGGUAAAAAUAAUAUAUUAAAUUGUGAUUAUUAAAAAACUGAGUAUUAAUUUCCUUAUUAAUAAUUUCAUCCCUUUAAGCUUUCCAUCAAAUUUCUUACAUCCACCACUUUGGAUAAUCAUAACAGUCCGUUCAGUGAAACAAUCACCGUAUACCUCGUCCUUCCUUUCCUUUGUUCUACUUCGCACCAGUGCUGGAGUCACUCGUUCACAUUCUUCAGUGAGAGCAAGACACUUUCCCCCCUGCUUCAGGUCUUUCUACUGUUAUUUAUAGAAGUGGAUGAAGCUUCACCUUGCACUGAUUUUACAUGGUUUCUUUCGUUUUGCUGAGAUCUAAGGUUUUGUCAGCUGUGUGAACCUCUGUACGAAAACUUUGACUCUUGCAGCAAAAUUAAAAGAGAAAGAUUUACAACAGGUCGAGGAAUAAAUUUUGUUGAAAUACAUCUGUGAUGCUGAUUUUCACUGAAACAGAUUUAAGUAUUAAAAAGUCUGCAUUCAUUA